AUGCCGAAAUACUUUUCAGAUACAAUUAUUUUCAACUAUAAUUGGGACCAAGUGGCCCAAGGUUUCUGGAAAAAAUAUCCUAAUCCUAAUAGUAAACAUGUGCUUACUGAAGAUACUUAUGAAAGAGAAGUACGUUCUGGUAAACUGUGUUCCAAAAGGCUUUUGAGCAAAACCAAUAACAUUCCAAAAUGGGCUGAAAGAUUCUUCCAUGCCAAGCAUGUGAAUAUCAUUGAAGAAAGUAUUGUGGAUCCUGCAAAUAAAAUCCUUGUGACAUAUACAAGAAAUUUGGGAUAUACUAAAGUAAUGAGUGUCACAGAGAAAGUUAUUUACCAAGAAAGUGAUCAGCACCCUGGUAAAACUGUUGCCUUGAGAUCUGCCUGGAUAGAUUCUCAAGUCAGAGGCUUCAGUAGGGCAAUCUGUGCCUUUGGGUAUGAAAGAUUCAAGAAAAAUUGUAACAAAAUGGUUGGUGGUUUCAAUCAUGUUCUAGCAAACCUUUAUCCCCUCCCCAAUACCAUACCCAAUACCUUUGCUACAGUGAGUGCUGCUGCCAAACUGAAAGAUGCUGCAAAAAAUGCCUCUGAACUAGCCAAAUCCAAGGCAGUUCCGAUUUAUGCUUCACUCCAUCCCAACUAA